GGGCGUGCCCUGAGGCGGGCUGCUGCUGCGCGGGGCUCCCUUCCUCGUGCUCGGCGUUGAGCCCCCGCCGCCGCCGCCGCCGCAGCCACCACCGUCGCCACCGUCAUUGCCGCGUCCCUGGCCAGGUCGGCCCCGACGUGCGUCCCGCAAGGAUACUCCUCUGCUCAUCUCCAGCCACUGGUGCACAGGUGCCCCUGACUGCUGCCCUCUCCACCACCUGCAUCCUUCAGGCUCCUGCUGGGGUCCCCGGAGCAUGGGAGGCUGCUGAGCUUGAGCUGCGGUGUCCGGCAGGAGCUGCGCAUCUCGCCCCGUAGCAGGGAGGGUGUCCAUGGCUGCAGCUAACAAAGGCAACAAGCCCAGAGUCCGGAGUAUCCGCUUUGCCGGAGGUCACGAUGCAGAAGGCUCCCAGAGCCACGUCCACUUCGAUGAGAAACUGCAUGACUCAGUGGUCAUGGUCACCCAGGAGAGUGACAGCAGCUUUCUGGUCAAGGUUGGCUUCCUGAAGAUCCUGCACAAGUAUGAGAUUACCUUCACGCUGCCCCCGGUGCACCGGCUGAGCAAGGACAUCCACGAGGCACCUGUCCCCAGCCUGCACCUCAAGCUUCUUAGCGUCGUGCCUGUCCCUGAAGGUUACAGCGUCAAGUGCGAGUACUCGGCGCACAAGGAAGGCGUCCUCAAAGAGGAGAUGCUGCUGGCCUGCGAAGGCGGCGCCGGGGCCUGCGUGCGCGUGAUGGUGCAGGCGCGCGUCAUGGACAGGCACCAUGGCACACCCAUGCUGCUGGACGGUGUCAAGUGCGUGGGCGCUGAGCUGGAAUACGACUCCGAGCACAGCGACUGGCACGGCUUCGACUGAGGCCUGCGGCCUGCCUGCCUUGGGGCCCCUCAGCCUUAAACCCCUCCUUGUCUCCCCGACAUGCUGCGUGUUGAUGUGGCUUCCUCACCCCUCCCCUGGGUGGGCACAGGGGUGGAGAGUCCAGGGGCCUUCAAGCUGGAGCCUCGCCCACCUCUCACCUCUGCCUUCAUUCAUGCCACCACCCUGCCUCUCCUGUGUCCUCCUCUCCCACUUCCUCCUCUCUGUGUGCCUCAGUCUCCUGCCAGAAGAAAUGGGUUGAGCCCCCAAGGAGGCUAUCUGAGGACGGAAGUGGAAGGGCCUGGGGUAGGUUCUGCCCACGUCUCACCCCAAGCCAUAGGGGCUCCAGCCAGGGUCUGGGAGAGGAUGGAGCUGGCUCUGUGAUGCAUCGCCCCAUUACUGCUGCUGCUGUCUCUCUUCAGCCCUCUCCUGCCCUCCCUCUUCCCCACUGCUGUCCAUGGUGAGUAGGAGGGAGUGCAGUCCUCAACCCUUACCCCUCAGGUCUGUGUUACUUGGUUUUUAAAUGAAUGAUUGGGAUAGAACCUUAAAGAAAUAAAACUUCCAGUGGGUACCA